AUGAUAAGUAAUCACUUCAGCAUGUUCUACUAUCAUGCCCUUUUGUUUGGUGUGUAUGGUCUAAAUUAUUGGAGUGAUGGGGGCUUCAACGGGCAUUGCCUGGUACCAUUGACAGUUUGUUCAUGUGGUGGAUGGGCUGGAGAUGCUCUAUGCGACCUGAUAAAAGUGAAGGUUGCUCUUUGGAUGAAAUCUCACUCAAUUGGCAGCUCUUACACAGUCACUGAGUUCACUGAGAAUUUACAACAGUGGAACGGCAUUUUGUGUAGUCGCCAACAUCCUGAUAGAGUCAUUGGGAUAACUCUAAGGUCACAAGGCCUGGUUGGAUCACUCUCAUCUCAUGUAGGAAACCUCUCCUUCCUCAAAAGAAUCAUUCUUCCAAACAAUAGCUUCCACGGCCCAAUUCCACAGGAGAUGGGUCGCUUGUUUCGGCUUCAAAUAAUAGAAUUCAGCAACAAUUCGUUUGACGGUCAAAUACCAACCAACCUUUCUCGCUGCUCAAAACUUGAAUAUCUGGACUUCGUCAACAACAAUCUAACUGGAAACAUCCCAGCUGAGUUGGGCUCUUUGUCAAGGCUUCAAACUUUAGCCUUGAAUACAAACAAGCUUUCAGGUACCAUCCCUCCUGCCAUUGGAAACCUCUCAUCUCUUUCCUAUCUCGAUUUAUCGAAAUGUAAUUUGCAUGGGGAGAUUCCGGCGGAAAUUGCUAGGCUUCGAGGCCUGGCAUCUGUCUACUUAUAUGCGAGUAACCUAUCUGGCAAGGUUCCGUCUGGCCUUUACAAUAUCUCUACCAUCAAUUGCUUAUUACUACACUAUAACCAACUUGAAGGCAAUAUUCCUUCUGAUAUAGGCUCCACACUUCCAAAUCUCAAGUUACUUCAUCUUUACCGCAAUUUAUUUACUGGAACAAUUCCUACUUCACUGUCAAACGCUUCGGAGCUCGAAUCAAUACAAUUAUGUGAAAAUGAUUUCAGCGGGACAAUGCCGAGGGAUCUUGGAAAACUUCUGAGUCUUCGAUGGAUAAGUGUUCCUCAAAAUCAGUUGCAGGAUGACCUCACUUUUAUUUCGUCUAUAACAAAUUGCACCCGUUUGCAACUUAUUGAUAAAAUUGUUCCAAUAAUUAAUGCGGGUGACAAUCUUUUUAGAGGUUCAUUGCCUGACUCCGUAGCUAAUCUCUCCACAUAUCUUAGCUGGAUAGAUUUGCACAAUAAUCAAAUACAUGGAAUCAUUCCUUCAGGCAUCGGGAACCUCCUUAACCUCACUGUCUUAUCUAUGUCAACAAAUAAUCUUGCUGGCCCUAUUCCAUCCUCCAUUGGAAGACUUCAAAAGCUGCAUGCUCUGUACUUAGACCAGAACAAAUUCACAGAACUUCCAUCUUCGCUUGGUAAUUUGACUUCCUUGAUUACUCUAUACUUGCAUGAAAACAACAUCCAUGGAGGCAUACCUCCGAGUUUGGGCAAUUGUCAUAGCUUAUUGACAUUACUCCUUCAUAAAAAUAAUCUCAAUGGUUCAAUACCCCUUGAAAUUAUGAGUCUCUCAUCCAUUUCAACAUUCCUCACGUUAGAUCACAAUGCACUAACCGGUUCUCUUCCAUCGGAAAUUGGGUCUUUGAAAAAUCUUGGAUACAUGGAUGUAUCCUAUAAUAGAUUAUCAGGACCCAUACCAAACACUCUGGGUAGUUGUUUGAGUCUGGAAUGGCUUAAGUUGGAGGCCAAUUCAUUUGAAGGAGAGAUACCUCAAAGUUUGAGCAUGCUGAGGGGUUUAAGAGGGUUGGAUAUUUCGUGCAACAAUUUGUCGGGGCAAAUCCCAAGUUAUCUAGGUGAGCUUCAACUUGAUAUCUUGAAUUUGUCUUUUAAUAGGCUACAUGGACAAGUUCCACUACAAGGAGUGUUUCAAAAUGGGAGUGCAAUUUCAGUUGUUGGAAAUAAUGAACUAUGUGGAGGUACUGCAGAAUUAGACCUUCCUUCUAGUCCAUCCUCCAAAUCAAGCAAGAAUAAGCUAUUUCACAGGAUGAAAGUGAUCUUGGUGGUGGUUGUUCUUGUGAUAUUUUUAUCUUUGUUUGUCAGCUUCUUUAUAUUUCUUCAACGUUGUCAUGUUUCAAAAAAGAAGACCUCUAGCACGUCCCCAAUCAUGCAUCAAUUUUUUAGGGUUUCUUAUGCAGAGCUUCUCAAAGCCACCAAUGGAUUCUCAGAGGCUAAUCCAAUUGGUGUUGGGAGCUAUGCUUUAGUUCACAAAGGAAUUCUUAAUCAAGUUCAGAUGGUUGUGGCAGUGAAGGUACUCAAUCUUCAGACCACAUGA